ACCAAUUUUUUUGUCUUUUUGAGUAGCUGGGCAAAUGUCUCAUUUUGUUUGUUUAAAUGAUUGAACUCUAAUUCAUCUGAUUUGGGCAAUAGCAGGCGGUUAAAGGAGGGGGGGAUUCCCAAUCGCGUUAAAUUACGUCCGCCCGCAAAAGCCCUCGUGUCUUGCUUCCUUCCCGUGUGUGCAGAUCCUUCGAGUGUUCCGUGUGUUUAAGCACACUUUGUUGUCGCGUGGGCGAAUAAACUCCCUUCAAAUAGCAAUGUUCCACGAACACACAACAAAAAGCCCGAUCGUUUUUUUGCAUGUGUUCAUAAGCGGAUUUUGGGCAAGGGCUGUCUAAAGUAUGGAAGGGUAAAGGGCGGAACAAGAAACAAAUUGAACAGCGGGACUGGUGAGACGAUGGAUGGCUGAAAAGGGGGGGAAAUGGAAGGAAAAAGAGAUGGGUGUGUUUUUUUUUCUUUGCUGGGCCAUAAGCGUUUUGAUUUUUUGGAGGGGGCUGGUUGUUUUCUUGGCUGGCAACUUAUCGUUUACAGCUUUUGGAUAGAUGUGUUCGUGUGUGUGUGUGCUGUAGAUGUGUUCCCGUUUUUUUUUGUAUAAAUAUAUAGAGAAGGGGUGCCUGUCCGUCGCCCCGAUUCGCUUUUCCUUGCUCCAUCACUCCAUCACACUUUCACCAACCACAUACUCGCUUUAUUUUGAGUUUCUUAUUCGUUCCAUUAUUUGGGCGUUGGUAGAUGACACUCUCCAACGGACAUUUGACACCACUUGAUCAUUCCUCCUCCAUGCCACGGGUACUCGUACCCACCCAUAUCAACCGUCCGACAAGACUAUCUCUUCCCAACACAAACAACAGUCCAACAAGAAAGGAUUAUCCGUCCCCACCGUACCGGGCUCAUAUCCAGUUUGGCGAAACGGAGGUGGAAAAGUCCAUGUUGGAUUUACCGCCUUUGAGGGUUUUGGAGCGGGAGAGAAGGGGGAGUGUUCAGUUGCCGGUUUUGGGAUUUGGAAUGGAGGGAGGGACGGAGGAUCGCAGGCACUCAUUUUCGGAUCCCCUCAUGUAUGCAACAAUGAACCGUUCCGAUCGACCAUCUCCCGACUCGAUGUUGUCUGUUCAUCACGGUAGAGACGGACGCCGGCAAUCCAUUACCGAACCCCAUUUGCACAAGAUAUCAAGUCGGGGGAGAUUACAGCCACUUUCACCCAGUUCAACAGAUGCGUAUGUACCCAUGUCGGGACAAAUUCCACCCCCUCCUCCAUCGUUACCCAAAAUCACUGAAGAAGAAUACGGAUCCCCGCAACCCUCUCUCGCCGUACAUACUGAUCCGCCCCGGCGUCUUUCAGUCGAUUCGAUGCUUUCCUCCCCGUCUACAUCCCCCGUCCCACAGAUGCCUCGCCGGGCCUCCGUGCAUCAUCAUAUCCAAACAAAUGCCCUCCACCCAUACUCUCGCUCACCACAAUUGAGAGUGGUGCAUAAAUUGGCGGAACGCAAGCGCCGGAGUGAGAUGAAGGAGCUUUUUGAUGAGUUGAAGGAUGCGUUGCCUGGAGAUAUGUUUCGAGGGAGUAAAGCGUCCAAAUGGGAGGUGUUGAGUAAAGCCGUAGAUUAUAUUGAAUCGUUGGAAAAGGUUGCACGGGACCGGGACGCUAUCGUGCAAGAACGGGAUGCACUACAGAGGGAAGUGGAGAUGUUGAGGGGGGAGGCAAGAAGAGGGUAGCAGGCGGCAUAUUGGGAUUUUUUUUUUUUUUUGGAUAGGGUCUACUUUUUCUUUAUUAAAAAACGAAACAAAUAAUAGAUUGGUGCUGGCACUCGACAUUCUUUUUGCG